AUAAUAUUCAUGACAGUUACAAAUGUCAAAAAACAAAAACAGUCGCAUAAACAUCGGUCUGCUAAAAACAAUAACAAAAUUUUUUAAAAUUUAUUUAAAUGGAGUACAAUAGAAUUCGCACAGGAAAACUUGUGCUGAAAGGCGAAAAACAGAAAUCGAAAAAAAGAAAGCACAAAAACUUGGAAAAAGUUGAAAAAACGACCGAAGUUCAAGACACCGACGUUAUUAAUCAUGGAGGUUGGUGUAAAACAUCUAGUGUGUCAGAGAUAACAGGAACAGUGGCUAUUGAAUUUAAAAAUCAAACUUACAUAAAGGCACUUGAUAAUGGUCUUUUUACAUUGGGAAUUCCUCAUGAUGAGGGUGACGGUCCAUCGCCAGAGGAAAUUUUAAUAGCCAUUCCCGUUAAUGAGACAAAAAUUGCUCUAAAAUCUGGAUAUGGUAAAUACUUGGGAGUAGAUAAAAAUGGUGUUGUAGUGGGACGAAGUGAUGCUGUCGGUACUUUAGAACAAUGGGAACCAAUUUUUCAGGACGGAAAACUCGCUAUUUUAAGUAGUACAAACAAUUUCAUUUCGGUGACAAGUGACGAUGAUGUUGUUUGUCAAAGUAAAACUGCUGGACCUGAUGAAUUUCUUUGUAUGAGAAGCAUUAUUCAGCGAGUAGAUGAUGCAGAUAAUGAUGUAUGUGAAGAAGAACAAGGAUCUUUAGCACAAGUUGAAGAAAAAUUUGUACGAAAGUUUCAAAAAUUCCAAGACAAAAAAUUGCGAAUAUGUAAAGCCGAUCGUUCGACUCUGAAGAAAGCAAAAGAAGAUGGUUCACUUCAUGAAACUUUGCUGGACAGACGAAGUAAAAUGAAAGCAGAUCGAUAUUGUAAAUAAAAAAAAAAACAAGUUGGUGGUUAGCAUAAUUACUAUUAUGAGUUGAUGUGUUACAAACGGAUUUGUUUAUGCCUUUAUAAGAUUAAAUUACAUGAAUUCUCGUUUGUAAAAUA